AUCGCUGCAUCCUCUCGUGCGUUUUGCGUCACUCUCUGCGUACCGGAAACGGCCGACUCGCAGUGCUACGCGCCUCCGUCCCCAACAAUAACCCUUUUCAAGAACAUUCCUUUCUGCUUAAAUUCCAAACCCCACAAACCCACUUGCAUUCCCAGGUACUUAUAUUUGAAUAACAGUGUGAGACUCAGAAACGACGGCUGCGAUUUGGAGCUGUAAUGGGUGUGGAUUACUACAACAUACUGAAGGUGGGCCGCGGCGCCACUGAGGAGGAGCUGAAGAGGUCGUUUAAGAAGCUGGCGAUGACGUGGCACCCGGAUAAGAACCCCAUUAAUAAGAAAGAAGCUGAGGCCAAGUUCAAGCAGAUUUCGGAAGCGUAUGACGUGCUCAGUGACCCGCAGAAGCGUCAGAUCUAUGAUUCAUACGGGGAAGAGGGGCUCAAGUCGGCGGAAUUAUCGGGUUCCAGUGGAGGUGCCGGGUCUUACAGCUUCAAUUCCAGAAAUGCGGAGGAUAUAUUUGCGGAGUUUCUCGGCAAAUCCGAUGGGAGGUCUUAUGGGGAUGGGUUUGGGAGUCAGGGCAGCAAGAAAGCACAGCCGGUGGAGACAAAGUUGGCAUGCAGUUUGGAGGAGCUUUACAAAGGUAGCCGCCGGAAAAUGAGGAUUUCCCGGAUUGUUCCUGAUGAAUUCGGGAAGCCAAAGACUGUUGAUGAAAUACUUAAAAUAGAUAUCAAGCCUGGCUGGAAGAAGGGCACAAAAAUUACUUUUCCUGAAAAAGGAAACCAUGAACCUGGGGUUAUGCCAGCUGAUCUUAUUUUUGUGGUGGAUGAGAAACCCCAUGCGGUUUUCAAGAGGGAUGGAAAUGAUCUUAUUGUCAAACAGAAAAUCUCACUCCUGGAUGCACUUACUGGCCAUACACGUAACUUUACAACCUUAGAUGGAAGAACUCUCACAAUCCCAGUUAUGGAUAUUGUGAAACCAGGUCAACAAGUGGUGAUCCCAAACGAAGGAAUGCCCGUCUCAAAAGAACCCAGCAAGAAGGGAAAGCUUAUAAUCAAGUUUGAUGUUAUCUUUCCAUCAAGGCUCACUGCAGAACAGAAGUCGGAUUUGAGGAGAGUGUUGGGUUGAGCUGAAGAGUAGUUCCCCUUCACACCUGAGGUAACAACCAUCUGUUAAUGCUGAUUUGUGUUAUGGUGCAACUGAAGUCAAUGUAAAUAAGUUUUCUACACUACUAAAGAGCAAAAUUGUGCAUAGUAGGAACAGAGUUUGGUGGGUUGUAAGCAGUGUUGAUAGUGUGAAGUAGCAAGGGAAAACUUUCUCAACCUCAGGUUUUACCCCAUCUGCUUCAGUACUCUAAUUGAAAUCUGUACACUAGUAAUUCGAGGGUAAUCUUCCAGUGUUGAUAUUACAGAGACCUUCUGUACUAUAUGUUUUGGAAAUGAAGUUUAAGUUAUUGC